UUCAAUUACCUAACUUUUUAAUAGUUUUAGCUAACAAUGACAGAAAACUUUACAUGUGAAAGAGGAAGGGGGUGAGUGUGAUGAGGAGAGAUGGGCUCAGUCUGUCACAUCAAAAACAAGGAAAUCCUCAUGCGAGUAAUGGCGAUUCUUUUAGCAAACUCGCGUUACUUCUGCUAACACCAACCAGCUUGUUAAUUCUUCUCAUACUUGACCUGUGGAACCAGCGUAGCCAUGUCAUCCCGAGUGUUGCUACGGCAACAGCUGAUGCGGGAGCAGGCACAGGAGCAGGAGAGGAGGGAGGCGCAGCAGCAGGCUUCUGUCGCUCAGCUCCGCCCUUUAGAAUCCACUCCCGCCAUCUCCGUCACGGUGCCACCAAUGGCUGCCCGGCCUUCUCCAGCUCAAGUACCGGUGGAGGUUCUGAAGGUGCAAACUCAUCUUGAAAACCCAACUAAAUACCACAUCCAGCAGGCUCAGAGGCAGCAAGUGAAGCAGUACUUGUCCACCACACUAGGAAAUAAAGUUGCCACACAAACUCUCGGUGUAUCCCCCGUUCUGCAGUCAAACUCUGCUCCGGAGAGGGGCCUCUCUGCAAGCAGUGCUCCCAACAGCCCAAUGGCACAUCUUAACCUGGGCUCCAACAAAGAAGAGAUGGAUGAUGUAAUUGACGACAUCAUCAGCCUUGAAUCCAGCUUCAAUGAUGACAUCAUGUCACUGAUAGAUUCUGGCCUGCAACUCCCAAACACGCUACCAGGCAAUCUUCUGGAUGUCUACAACAGUCCUGGCAUGGUGACCCCCACCAUCGCCGUCAGCAAUUCUUGUCCAGCAGAUCUGACUAAUAUUAAAAGGGAAUUAACUGACGUAGAUACCAGAGCCUUCAUGAAGGAGAGGCAAAAGAAAGAUAAUCACAAUCUCAUUGAAAGGCGGAGGAGAUUCAACAUCAAUGACCGAAUAAAGGAAUUGGGGGCUAUGAUACCCAAAUCCAGUGAUCCGGAGAUGCGUUGGAACAAGGGAACCAUUUUGAAGGCUUCUGUUGAUUAUAUUAGAAAACUUCAGAAAGAGCAACAGAGGGCCAAAGAGAUUGAGAUGAGGCAGAAGAAACUGGAGCAAUCAAACCAGGCUCUGCUGCUCCACAUACAGGCAUUAGAGAUGCAAGCUCAUCAUCAUGGCUUUUCCACCACUAUGUCUCCAGACCUGAGUGCAGACGCUUCCUUCCUUCAGCAACAGCUACUACAAGGAAACCAGUCCAUGCAGCCUGGCUCUGGGGAAGGCCAACCUCAGAGCCACCUUAGCAUAGAUGGAAUCAUGACACAGACUUCCCCUUCUCCCUUCCUCACAAUACCUUCCUCCAGCUCUCCGGCUGCUGCAGCAGUAAGCGGCCCUCUCGAUCUGGAUACGUUUAGCUUUGCGGAGCUGGACGACCCUACGGCCUCUGAUCUUUACCCUGACGUGGGUUUUAGUGACAUUCUGAUGGAUGAUGGCUGCACGAUGCCCAUCGUCAGGUCUUCAGAUCCACUCUUCUCCCCGAUGUCCCCUGGAGCCUCCAAGACCAGCAGCCGCAGGAGUAGUGUGACCAUGGAGGAUGACUUGUGACCGAACUGACUACUAUAUGUAUGUUUCUGUGCUUUUCCUCGUGUGGGACGCCAUGGGAUGUUUUUAAAGAGAUAGCUCACCCAAAAAUGAAAAUUCUGUCAUCAUUUACUCAUGCUCAUGUCUUUCCAAACCU